UCAGCGGACGACUGUCAACAAUGUGGGCGUUCCAGUCAAGUGUAACACCACACAGCAGCACGCCGUGCACAGCAGCGGACUGCACAAUCACGGUCGUAUCGUGUACCGGGACUUCAUAAUCGCGAGGACAAGUAUCAGGCGGGAGGAUACAAUGUGAGAAAACUUAUAUGCCGGAUCGAGCAAGAAGGCAGCAAAAAAGGGCGUGAGCGGAAUGUCCGUGGAUGAGAAGCCUGAAGCCCCCAUGUAUGUGUAUGAGUCGACGGUUCAUUGUACCAAUAUCCUCCUCUGCCUCAACGACCAGCGGAAGCAGGACAUCCUGUGCGAUGUGACAGUCCUGGUGGAGGGCAAGGAGUUUCGCGGGCACCGGGCUGUGCUGGCCGCCUGCAGCGAGUAUUUCCUGCAGGUGUUGGGAGGACAGACCGAGAAUGGCUUGGUGGUCACCCUUCCUGAGGAGGUCACUGCUGAAGGCUUCGCCCCAUUGUUGCAGUUUGCCUACACGGCUAAACUGUUACUCAGCAGAGAAAACAUUCAGGAGGUCAUUCGCUGUGCCAAAUUCCUGCGGAUGCACAACCUAGAGGACUCAUGCUUUCGUUUCCUUGAAGCUCAGUUGCGUAGUGAAAAGGACAGCUUGCUGCAAGGCCACAAGGUGGCUGCCGAUGCCAUCAAUUUAGAGGAUGAGAGCAUGCAGUCAGAGGCCGAAAUACCCUCCUCCCCGAGGAUGCAACAAUGUGCUGACAGUCUCUCCUCAUUUCAACCUCCUGGCGAUGAUCGUCUAGCAAUGACGAUACCUAGUAGCUUCAUAGAUGGUCGGUUGGACUUUGAUCGAAACAGAGGAUCGGACCUGCCGCGAUGCCCCAAGUACAGGAAAUAUCAGUGGGCUUGCAACAAGCACAAUAACGACUUCUCCUCACACAGUGGUACCUCAGGUUUUCCAAGCACAAUAAAAGAGAGCAGCAUGGGUGGGGAAGUAAGCAGUCGGGACAGGCGGACUUUGGCACAAAUCAAAGUCGAACCGCGGGCAGACGAAGAGGCCAUCUCAUUGUGCCUGUCGGGGGAUGAACAGGACUUCCGGAAAAAGGACAAUGUGACAGCCAUGGAGAUGGAUAAUCCCAGGUCUGUGGAAAGAAUCAAGAGAACCAAGUCCCCUUCCUGCCUCAAAGCCUUCUUCCAGAAAGGAGUAGACCUUCCCAAUCUGCCCAAUACAUCACAGCAGCUUUUUGCCAACCUUAUCGGCUGCCCCCAGGACAAAGUUAACACUCAGGGAGAAUGUAAAGUUUUUACUGGGAAGCUGGGUCUGUCUUUAAUAUCCCCAAAUGAGAAGGACAGUUUCCCCGCCAGCAUGUCCCUUAAGUCCUCUUCCUGUGAUGAAAUCUGCAAACAGGAAGUUGAGCUGGAUCGUCGAAGUGUCAUAUUUUCCUCAGGAGCCUGCAAUCGUGUCGGAACCCCAGCCCAUUCCUACCCUGGUGGGAAUUCUUUGGAGGUGGAACUCUCCGAGCACAUGCCAAAGGGAAUGUGGCCUGGAGCCAGCCAGUCCCUCCCGACCUCGCAGGCCUUUUGCCCCAGUACCACCUCCACCGACCCCCAACUAUUGUGUCGCCCACGGCCAAACACCAGCUGCCCAGUUCCAAUAAAAGUGUGCCCACGCUCACCACCUUGCGAGACUCGCACCCGGACGUCCAGCUCCUGUUCCUCAUACUCGUAUGCAGAGGAUGGCAGCGGAGGUUCUCCCUGCAGCUUGCCUCAAUUUGAGUUUUCUUCCUCCCCUUGCUCCAACAUGGCCCGGUGUGUCAAUGUGGAUCAACAGGAGCAAAGUGGAGGGGACGCCCUUUUUAACCAAGUGCAGCCCAAGAUCAAAUGUGAGCAGUCCUACGGCACCAAUUCAAGCGACGAGUCGGGUUCUUUUUCAGAGGGAGACAGCGAGUCCUGUGCUGCACAAGAACAUAGCCAAGAGGUGAAGCUCCCUUUUCCUGUUAAUCAAAUUACAAAUCUGCCAAGGAAUGACUUCCAGAUGUUGGUGAAAAUGCACAAACUGACCUCAGAGCAGCUGGAGUUCAUCCACGAUGUGAGGCGAAGAAGCAAGAACCGUAUCGCUGCACAACGCUGCCGCAAGAGAAAGCUCGACUGCAUCUUGAACCUUGAGUGUGAGAUUAGAAAACUGGUGUGUGAAAAGGAAAAGCUUCUCACAGAGAGGAACCAGCUGAAGGCUUGUAUGGGAGAGCUAUGGGAAAAUUUCUCAUGUCUGUCGCAGGAGGUGUCCAAGGAUGUCCAGGUGAGCCCUGAACAGGUUCAGUCUUUGCACCACUUCUGUCCGGUUCUACGAGCCACCAAUUCCACUGCCAGCAACAAUGCUGCCUUUGACCCCAAGCCUUCUAGCAGAACCAACACUUCCAGCAUCGACCUCACUGCCCAUUCGGACUUUCCUGAUUCCAACUUGUACGGUUCUCCCGGGCCUUUGGAGAGUGAAUCCGGCCCGGCCGUCAGAAACGGUGCGGACAAAGAUGUGAACAGCCAAGACCCCGUCUCAUACACGGAAAAUCCCAACCAGACGGUAACGGUGGAUUUUUGCCAGGAAAUGACGGAAAAAUGUACAACUGACGAGCAGCCACGGAAGGACUCGACAAAGUAGUUUGUUUGUUUUUCUAUUAUUUAAUUGUACUCUUCCGACAAACCCUGUUUCUCAGGGUUGCUGAGGUGGCCAGCCUCUGCCAGUUUUCACUGAAAAAAACAAUCUUUGUAAGUAUUUAUGUUUUUCAAGAUGUCUUCUUGUUGAAAGGUCAACACAAGAGUUGUCUUAACAGCAGCAAUACUGUUCUCAAGGUAUUCUCCUCCAACCACAUGUGGGGGAACCUCUCACCAAAUCCUUAACAAUGGUGCUAUUACUGGCCCCAGCAGCAUCUUCUUCAGUCACAACAAGUUGAACCUCAUCGGACCGACAGCAAUUACUUUCGUUCUUUAGCAGGAUCUGACUUGCUAGAUCCCGUUCUUUCUCCCGCUCCGACUUCGUCAGUCUUCUCUACCUCUACCUUGUGUUUCUUCUCUCGCUUCUUGCUGUCAGUGACACUUUUCAUCCACAGCUAUUCCAAACUCAGGAAACAGAAUCCUCUGAAUGUUCGACAUAACUGAUGAAGAAUGACAACAAGGCUUUUGUAUGCGAAGACGUCGUGCAGUUAGACAAAAUAGUUGGUAAAAAAAAAAAAAAAAUGUUUAUAUGCAAAAAAUGUGUCUGGUUUUUGAAUUACUGUACAGGCUGUAAAACGUAACAUUCCGUUUUGCCUAUCUGAGCACCACAUGGAGGUAAAAAAAAACAUUAUUGGUGGCAGUUACAUAUUGUGUCCCUCUAACCAGCAAUACCGUUGUAUUUGAUUGUGGUGACUUUCAAGUCCAAAUGUACAUACUGUGGAGCUUCUUGGAGUGAUGACUGGCAGGUGCAGCCUUAAAUGUUUUACCGUAAGAAUUUCUGAGAGAAAAUGUUUAUUUUGCCAUCUCAUGUAGUGAAUGGAAAGUGUUCCUAAUUCUCAGGAAAAAGAAGCCGCUUGUUCACAAGCAUAUAGUACAGAGACACAUUUAUUGGCACAAACACGUUCAAGCUUCGUGUAUAUAGAGAUGUUUUUAGAACCUCUUGUGCUCGACAUACGAGGCCACAUUUUUAUAUUCUUAAUAAUCGAUUGUAAUCAUCACUAUUCUGAAGUGAUUCUAGACCAGGGGUCGGCAACCCAACACAUUGAAAGAGCCAUAUUGGACCAAAAAUACAAAAAACUAAUCUGUCUGGAGCUGCAAAAAAUGAAAAGCUGUAUAUAAGUCUUAUAAUGAAGGCAACAUAUGACGUAAGUGUCUAUAUUAGCUAUAUUAGCCUAUUAUCAAAAUGACUAUGUGUCGCAGGCUGAAACAAAUCUUCGUUGACAGAAAUGUUGAAAUGUAAUAUUUAUUCUACACAUUUUUACAACAUUGGAAAACAUUAGUAUAUCAGAGGCUACUUGUGAGAUAACUCCUGGAAAUGACUGUCUUAGAAUGGCCAAAGGUAUAGAUGUGUGUGUCUAAGUUAAAGGAAACGGCAGGCUGUCUUCUUCUAAUGGAGUUAUUACAAUCUUUGGCAAGCUAUGUAACGUUUGCUGUGGUCUGGAACAACAUGGCACACAAACAACUGAAAUGCGGCCAAUAUUACAUACAGAUAAUGUGUCAUGAGACAUGCAAAACUAAAUUAUAUACAAAGAGGAUAAAGGUAAAGGAAAUUAAAUGAGCUCAAAUAUACCUACAAAUGAGGCAUAAUGAUGCAAUAUGUACAUACAGCUAUCUUAAAUAGCCUGUUUAGCACUCCAACAAGUCAAUAACAUCAACAAAACGCACCUUUGUGCAUUCCCGCACAGUAUAAAAGGUUUGGUGGACAAAAUGAGACAAAGAAGGAGUGGAAGAUUUUACAUGUAAACAAACUGUCCACACAAUGGUGACUUCAAGAACCGCCAAAAUUACUAGGACAAAAGUAUCAGUGAAGCAUACACACCAACAUAUUAAACAGUGGGCUUUCUAACAAUUGGGAAGGUUUGUGUCAUGUUUGUUCUCAAACAAAAAACUUACUAAAACUAAAAAAAAAAAAUUUCCCCCAUCUUUUUCCAUUUUCAAUCCUUUUUUAAAAAUGCUCCAGGGAGCCACUAGGACGGCACUAAAGAGCCGCGGGUUGCUGACCCCCGUUCCAGACGAAAAACAGCUAUGUAACGAAACAAACGUCGGCUAAAACCAAGUUCAGGAGAAUUUACUGUAAACCACAAGCACUUAAUAGGCAAAUGUCAAAAACAAGCAAAACACUCCAAGACCAGCAAUGUCAUUAAUAAGUCAAUAAAAUCAUAAUACGUGAGUAGAGUCAACUCUUUGCCGUUGGCUCAGUCUUUAAUGCGAAAUAAUUUCGAUCUGAUAUUUCUUCUUAGUAUUGAAAGAAACUAUUUGUAUAUACCGUCUGUGUUUUUAGAUUCUUGCAUUAUUUCACAUUAAUCCUGAAUGUACAAAAUACAAGAGUAUCUGGGACACUUUGAAAAGAGAAAAAAAUAGUCGUGUAAUUGACCCACAGGAACCCAGAGCCAUUUAAAGUGAUUUGAUGGUGGGUAUACCACAUAAAAGACAAUACUACUAAUUGGGAAUGUGUACGAUAGUACAUACAUUUUACAUUGUUCCUGCUAAUGCAUUCCUUUUUUUAAAAGAACUUGACAAUUUUUAAUGCACGGUAGCACAAAUGUACUUUGAUUUGAACAAAGAAGAUGUAUUGAUGAAAAUCAUUGACAUGAGGUGUCUUAUUGUGACAACUAUGUCACGUCAGACUUUCUGUAGCCAUUUUAAAGGGGGACUACACUUUUUUUUGGAAUUUUGCCUAUCAUUCACAAUCCUUAUGUAAGAUAAGCACACGUAUGUUUUAAUAUUUUUUGUUACACAUUCUAACUCGUCAAUAAAUGCGAAGUCCGCAUACAAUGAAGCCUACGGAGUCGCUCUAUUCUGCUUUUAAAGCGCUUAAAAAACAUUCAAACACUUCCAUUAACAUUUUAUACACACACUGUAAGUAUAUAUAUAAUGCAGUAACAGGCACAAUCAUAAUAACAUGUAACAUUUACGUAUUUUGCAGUAACGCAUCACAACGUUGUCUUUUUCCUUCAACAUCACUGAUUAUUACUCACUGCAGACUUCAUGCGGCCUACAAAUAUAAUAAAACAUCACUUACUGUACAAUGUCUGCUGUCACUGGGAUGCCGACUGAUAGGACGUUGAUAUACUAAAGGGGGGUGGAACAAAGUGUUUUUUGGGGUCUUUUUCGCCAUUACCGGGUCAAAAUUGGCUGUCAAAGUUGACCAACUUCUUAGUUUAUGUCCACAUCAUUUUACUCUUCAGCUGAGAAACAUGAUUUAUAAUCGAGAAUUAGCGUUCACGAGCUCGAAGGCGAGAGAGCUGAUGAUGUCAAUACAGUUGUGUCUCUCUGAUCAAUGCGCCGCUAAAUGUAGGUCCCUAACGUUAGCGCUUAUAAAAACAGUGUCGUUAAUACUGUAUGUAAAUAGAGUAUUGUUGGCGCUUAAUUUAUUGGGUUUUCUAGACGCAAUGAUGUCAUGGCUCUCAAUGGCACCAUUGUAAGUCGUUUAUUUACGAGUUCGAAUGCAUUAAAAAAGAAAAAUGUGUUCUCGUCACCCAUGGACUGUGAAUUAUAGGAAAUAUUCCCAAAAAGUGCAAUUCCCCUUCAAGGCUUAAAGUCCGAUAGCUAGCUUGUUUUCUAUGACUUUCUUUCAAAUAUAUAGUAAGAAGAGUUGAAUUGUAAUAUAUGACAACCUAUUAAAGCAUUGCAUGUGCUAAAUUGAUUUAGAAUUAACAUUAUAGGCCAAAAAAAAUACGGUUUUGGAAAGGAUCUAGCUUACCUGAGACACUGGUAUUGUGAAUAAGUCAUAUCAUGGGAUGGUCACAUGACUGGCACCAAGUUACAUAG